UUCCCAAACACUCUCACACACACACAAAAAAAAAAAAAAAACAAAUUCUCUUGCUUUUAUAGCGGCUUACGGGUACGCUUCGUUUUUGAGCUCUCUCUCUCUUCUCUUCUCAAUUCUUUCUUUUUUCUCUAAUCUCCGAUUGCAAAAUCGCGAAGUAUCGGGUUUUAGGGUUUCGUGGAUUUCGUGAAUUUUUAGUUCUGCUUUAAGCGGCUCACUGCGACGCUUUGAUUUUAAUCUCCAGAGCUAUGGAGUCCACGAUGGUGAUCAAGGUUAAGUAUGGAGAUAGCCUUAGGCGCUUCAAUGCCCGUGUUGAUGAAAAUGAAAAACUGGCGCUUGACAUGGCUGGCUUGAGGGCCAAGAUCCUUAGUCUUUUCAGUUUCCCCCCUGAUGCUGAACCUACCUUGACAUAUAUUGAUGAAGAUGGUGAUGUAGUAACACUUGUUGAUGAUGAUGAUCUGCAUGACGUGAUGAGGCAGAACCUGAAAUUCUUGAGGAUUGACGUACAACUGAUCAAUGACAAUGGUGGUAAAUCAUAUGCUAGAUCAAGUGGUAGUUCUACCCCGUUAAGAUCUCCUCAAGUCCAGCAUCCCUUACCAAACAUCAACGCUGCUGUCGCUGAAGUCUUCAAGUCUGUGCCAGAGCCAUUACGUGAAGCACUUUCAAAGCUUUCUUUUGACUUUGCUUCUAAAGCUGCAAUCUCUAGCCCAGUGCUUGCUGAACUUGUUGACCGUUUCGCAAAGGGGGAACAGUCCUCAAAUCUGGAUUCCCAGUCUCAAGUUGGUGCAGAUUCAAGCACAAAGAAUAAUACUGGUGGUUCAAAUGCUUCAAACGGAGGAGACACAGUGAAGUUGACAGUUGAUUCAGCUUUAAAGAACAGUUCUGAUGUGGGCACUGGAAAUGUGUCCAGAGGUGUGGGCGUUCCAGUUAUCUCUCUUCCUGCUUCUGUUGAUUUGAAUCUCCCUCCUAGUGAUACUAAUCCAUCAAGUAGCACAGCUUUACAUUUUGCACCAGUUGCAUUAAAAAAUGUUAUUGCUGGUGAUUUCCGGAAGGAGGUUAAGAAGGACAGCAAGGGUCCUGUUGGUCUGAAGUCUGUUGGCUUUGGUGCAUCCACAAGUUCAUCUGUUCCUCCUAUAAGGCCCACCCAGACUAAUAACAUUUUUAGUAUUCCUUACGGUGACUGUCCAUUUACUGGAACGGCCAUAGCAAAUGACUCAUCUGUGCCUUCUUAUGUAUACCAACCUAGCCAACCAUUUAAAAGGAGCCAUGGUCAUGCUGCAUCCAUGGGUGGCAUGUUCCACAAGGGUGUUCAAUGUGAUGGCUGCGGUGUUCAUCCCAUAAUUGGACCUCGGUACAAGUCCAAAGUAAAAGAAGAUUACGACCUUUGCAGUAUUUGCUUCUCAGAAAUGGGUAAUGACACUGAUUACAUUAGAAUUGACCGUCCUGUUAGAAUGGACCGUCCUGUUUCUUGUCGGAAUCCACGGUCCUGCAUACAAAUGAAUGCUCCUUGGGUUGCCCCAGUGUUGCCACAUCAUUUGUCUAGAGGUUUUGGAGCUAAGCUGGGUCGUCCUAAGCUGGAUAGUCGCUUCAUUUUGGAUGUCAAUGUGAUGGAUGGUACAACGAUGGCCCCUUCUACCUCAUUUACUAAGAUUUGGAGGAUGCGCAACAAUGGCAGUUUAUUGUGGCCUCAGGGAACUCAACUUGUCUGGAUUGGGGGAGACAGAUUUAGUGAUGUAGUUUCACUUGAUCUUGAGAUCCCCGCAGAUGGUGUGUUUAUGGAUAAGGAGCUUGACAUUGCAGUUGACUUCACUGCACCCGCAUCUCCUGGUCGAUACUGUUCAUACUGGAGGAUGGCAUCACCCUCCGGUCAAAAGUUUGGACAACGUAUUUGGGUUCUUAUCCAGGUUGAUGCUUCAUUGGAUGAAUCUCUUUGUGAUACCCUAGAAGGUUUGAACUUGAAUCUUCCCCCUGUCAACUCUGGGUCCAACGGCCCUGAAAUUAUAGAUGUGAAUGUUCAACCCACUAUGGAUGGUGAAUUUUUUGAGUCUUCCAACACAAAGGCAACCACAGAACCAGGAAAGAAAUUGGUUGACGAGCAGCCUAAAAAGGACCAUGAGCUUUUCCCAAUAAAUGAUACUUUGCUGGUUGGCCAAGGUGUCUCUGCCCCCAGUACAACAGGGCCUCAAUCAGCUGUGUCAUAUCCCAUUAUUGAUCUCUCCGAAGUAGUUCUGCCAGCUCCUGCUCAAGCACCAUCCCAUUCCCCUUCAGCACCAACCUAUGUACAGAACCCCAUUCCUGUAUUACCCACCGAAGUGCAAUCCACUGUUGCGCAUGCAUCAACAUCAGCUGUUCCAAAGAAUCCUGUUGAGGAGACCCUCCUUAAGGAACUUGAGGAGAUGGGAUUCAAGCAGGUUGAUUUAAACAAGGAAGUACUGAGGAUGAACGAGUAUGAUUUCGAGCAAUCAGUGGAUGAUCUCUGUGGCGUUUCUGAGUGGGAUCCUAUCCUUGAAGAGUUGCAGGAGAUGGGUUUUAAUGAUAAGGAGAAGAACAAGAAGCUGCUGGUGAAGAACAAUGGGAGUAUCAAGCGUGUGGUCAUGGAUCUCAUCACUGGGGAGAAGGCCUAGUUUACUAGUAGUAGAUAUUAUUGUUAUUAUAAAUAAAUGCAUUGGUGGUCUGGUAGUACAAACUUUGUUAUUGAAUGAUUUGCAUUUUCUAGGGGACCCCCUGAUCAUGGUGUGUUUCAGAAUCUUACUAGAAUUUCCUUGAUAAAUAUCGUAACAGACAAACCUAGUUAUAUAUAUGUUAGUUGUGAAUUUUAAUGUGUUGGUCACUUUAGCUCCUUAUAAUUUAGCUAUUGUGUUUUGUGUUUUCAA